AUGUCAACAGUCUUCGCUACCACCUGGCGUCUUAUGCUGCACGCGAACCGCGAACGGCUGGAUACCCCCUUGAGCGGGACCCUGACGAUGACGAUGAUCGCAGCCACCGAUGAGGCGGGCUUCUUCAGCAGCGGCGGUACAGUGACAGGGACGGAUCCCAUACCGACGGACUCCUCCCCAAGCGAGACAUCUCCUCCUUCAGGCGGUGGCUCUUCUUCGAAUACGGGCGCAAUUGUGGGUGGUGUUGUGGGUGGUGUCGCUGUGGUGGCCAUCGCAGCCUGCGUCAUUGUUUGGCUGGUCGUGCGAAAGAGGCGGGAAGCCAGGAGCAAGACUCCGCCACCUCCGGGGCAAGAGCCUUAUUUGAGCCCUGGCCAGAGCCAUGCUCCGUCUUCGAGCCCGCAGUACCAUUACGCGGGGACCGAACAGCAGUACAAGUACCAGGCGGUGCCUCCCGUUUAUCCGCCUGCCCCGGUGAUCCACGAGGCACCCGGGGACACCCAACCUAAUAAUAGCACCCCUCGUGCGGAACUGGAAGAUAGACAGGUUGGGAGAGAUUAG